AUGUCGAACAACCGUGUUGUCGUACAGCUAAACCCGGGUUGCUCGGACGGCGAUCCCCUACACGUUCCCUCUUCUGGUUCCCACACGCAGGUCAAUCCUCCAACACUCUAUCUUGAGAAGAUUGGACAGCAAUGGAUGCAAAAUCAGGGUGACGCACUUCCUGGGGUUCAGUAUACUCUUGCCGCCUUGCCCGCCGGUUACACCAUGUGGCAGCGCCCAAGACCUUCAGACCCAAAGAUGUUAGACAAAUAUCUUUGGGGCCACCCCUCACAAAAGAAAUUCGAUUCACCGAACCGUUUCUAUCCUCAUUUCGAGUACCUCAUGAACAACGGUGGCAGCAACAUUGGCUGUCCUUGCACCGUCUGCUUUGGGAGUGCUGGUGUUCUUCCGAGGGCUUCACCAAACACCUCUAGAGCGCGAAGUUCAAGUACAUCUUCGCAGCGUUCGUCGAACAUCUCUGUCGCCAUACAGAGCCGUCCUAGCAGUGCCCACCCAAUCGUGCCAAUCCCGAGGCCUGUGGUACAGCAACAGCACAAAGGACGUCCAAAGAAGGUCGCCGUGGGUAUGGACAAGUCCAACGAGGACCAAGAAGGAUCGCCAGAUGUUUACCGAAACUACAUCAACAAGCUUAGGCGGCAUCAACAUAUCGAUGAUGUAAUACAAGAACCAAUGAGUCCAGAUUGGCGUGCAGAACAAGAACGCAUGCCAAAGUUGCUAUACGACCUCAAGACACUAGAGCAGUGGAUCCCAAGGAACGGCGAUAUUGUCUUGUAUAUCCGCGACUUACGGGAUGAUGUUCACGUCGGUCGUGACGAGCAAAAGGACAAAAACAUGGACCUACAGUGGAAGGCUGGUCUUGUCACAGAGGGACCUGACGGUAAUGCCACUGACCAGAAGACGAACGUGUCUUGGUCAGGUAUAAGAGUAGAACCCGUCCCACACCCAAACGACCCCGACAAAUCAAUUUCAAAGCGAUACAAGUACGUUGACUUGCGACAAACCCGUCCGUUCGUACUCUGGAAAGACUACUUGAACAACAUCCGCCGAGAUAAAUGGCAUACUACCAUCGAAAAUGCCUUGGCGUUGGCCUCUACCGUCUCGUUGAUAGACAAGUAUCGCUUUCGGGGUACAUGGCCAAACGCAAGCAUUUACUGUCGUGGCAUGUAUGUGGGCUUCGAGAUGGUGGCCGUCGGGGAUACAAUUCGUCUUCUACCAAAGAAAGAAUGUGGCCAGGAUGAGUGUACGGAUAUUAUGGUGAUCAAAUCAAUCCGCCUCCAGUUGACGAACCUCGAUCAAGCCUCCGACAACGACUACGACGAAGGCCGUCCGUAUAACUCUGAGAUCUGGAUUUACGGCUCUGCAUACACGAGUGAUGCAUCUAGAUUGAACAAGGCAUGGCUCUCUGAUCAAUUCAACGUACCGCGAGCGGCAGGAGAGUAUUCACAAUGGUAUCCGCUCCAUUCAGCUCACAAGGAGAUGGCCAUCCCAUACGCUCGUGUACUGGGUCGCUUGCAUGAGCGCCAUGCGGUUAUGUCGCAACAUUACCAGCUAGACCCAGGCGACCCAAGCCUUGACAUUGGCCGGGAAGCCGUGAUCGACGCGCGUGCGUAUGCUCGAAAGCACGACAACCGCAUAGCAAAAGCACACAUCGCUACAUGGUACUGGGGAGACAACCGCGCUGACGCUCUCAAUCUUCGCACUAUCAAUGGUCUCGACGUUUCAAAGUUCGACCUGGAGCGCGAUGUCAAGGAUAUGCGCAAGAAGUAUCGACUGUUGGAUGCCGUUGACAGUGGCCAGAACCUGGCAGAUUUGAAGCCCGAUCGUGAGGUUGUGCCCCAUAUCAAAAACGUCCGCGGCUUCAUGGCACCAGCAUUGCCCCUCCGACCAGUCGACUCUAGGGCAGCUAGCAUCAGCGGAGACUCGACUGACGCCUCGAGUGGUAACGACAGUAACAUGUCGGUUUCUAAGAAGCGCACACAUGUUGUUGACCUAGACGAUGACGAUGACUUGGAGGAAGAAAUUCGGCAACACACCAAGGUCAUCGAAGACCAUCGCGCUACAUCUAGCAAGAAGGCUAAAGUCAUGGUCGUCAUCGACUAG